ACAAUUGUUUUCGUUAUGUUGCGCACAUUAUUUGCAGACGAAUGAGUUUUGGGAAUGAAAUGUUUAGGAAUGACACGCAAGUAUCGUCAGAGUGCUUUUCGUGAAGUAUUUUAGCGCGCAAAGCUUUUAACUCAAGAGUAGACAUAAACUGUUUCCAUCUUGAUGACUGAAAAUUACACAGUUCGCAAUGGCAAGCAAAGCAAAUAAGAAGAGAGGGGCUGAACCGGGUAAACUUGUAAAUGGAUAUUUAAUCCUUUACAACUUAGUGCAAGCAAUCGGAUGGAGCUAUCUGUUGCUUAUAAUAGCAAAACACUACCAGAGUCCUGAAGUGGGUUCAACAUCAUUGUGGGGAUCUGUGAAGUACAUAGUACUGAUCUUUCAGAAUGCUGCAGUUCUGGAGAUACUGCAUGCCGCCCUGGGCAUGGUGUCAUCCAGUGUGGUGCUCACCACGUUCCAAGUGCUGUCCCGGGUAAUGGUGGUGUGCGGGGUGCUGCUGCCCACCCCCACAGGCCCCGCCAGCCCCGGCCUGCCCCUGGCGCUGGUCGCCUGGUCCGUCACCGAGAUCAUCCGCUACCUCUACUACGCCUGCAACUUGCUGGGCAUGCAGCCGUACCUGCUGGUCUGGUGUCGGUACUCGCUGUUCAUGGUGCUGUACCCGGUCGGGGUGACGGGCGAGCUGCUGUGUCUGUAUGCGGCCCAGGCGCACGUCUCCAGGACCAAGAUGUGGAGCGUGGAGAUGCCCAACCGCCUCAACUUCACUUUCAGCUACCACUACCUGCUGCUCUUCGUCAUGUUCCUCUACAUUCCCCUGUUUCCACAGCUUUACCUCCACAUGUUCGCCCAGAGAAGGAAGAUACUCGGCAGUAGUUCCAAGAAGGCUCAGUAACCUCAAGCCAGUUUUCACCAGAUAGGAGGUGCUUGACGUAGAUCUCGAGUGUCUACCAUCUCACAAGCUUGCCAACCGUCCCUAUUUCGAAGAAAUUCUUCCUGCUGGCUCUACAAAAGCUGCAAAAUACUCACUAAGAUAUUUCUGGCACUGAGGUCAAGAACAUAUUGAUUUAUAACACAUUAUGUAUAAGUAUUUAUUUUCAAUGUUUUCAGGCUUUCUACACUCUUACUUCAGCCAGAUACCUUGAAUUGUCAUCAAUCUAUCUCACAAAAUAACUCCAUUACAUGCCAUUAACAAAAACAUUUCAAUGAACAUGCAUAACAUGGUGAAUUGUCUGUAAAAUGUUUUCUUACGAAAUGUAGUGUUUCCACUGUUUUAAUUUUCAUCAAUACUACACAACUAGUCUUAAAAAAAAAUUUGGUUGUCUGUAAAGUCGGUUUACGGACAAUAGUUUAACGUGACAACUUCAUAACAAAACAUCGAUUAAAUGAUUCCAUACUUUUAUGAAUAAAAUUGAAUCAUUUUUAUUGAAUUAUCACUAUUUUGUAUAGAUACAAAGGAGUGAAAUGUAAUCUACAAUUUAAUUGAUAAAUUUACUUUUAUUUGGACUCAUUAAUUCAAAUAUGAUAAUUACUUUAACGAAGAGAGUAUUUUAACUAUAAUUUUUAUACAUGUUUGCUAUUUAACUUCUUCCAAUCUGUGUUAUUCUGUUAAGGAUAGGACGAUGAUAGGAAAAGUAGGAAACGAAUGGGAGUGUUUCAAGGAUGAUGUGAAGGUAAAUGGCUUACCCAACACCUAGAUGCAGUCAAAAAUAAUAUAUUUGCGCCACGGACUCUGCAGCAAUGCUAGGAGGAACAGGUUAGCAAACAGCAGUGAAAAUGUUACAUUGAAAUGCAUGAAAACAGAAUUACGCCACGGACUCGGUCGCAAUACUAGGAGGUUCAGGUUAGCAAAGAGCAAUAUAAAAUGAGCGUAAUGGGACACAGCGAAACGGGACAAUGUGCGUAGCGGGACACUUUUUCGUGCGUGCAGCCAGCGGUCAUCGAUUUAUUAGACGUCACGUCAAAAGAAAAUUAGCAUAUUUAUACAUCAAAUUUUGAGAAGAUAGAUUGUUGUUUGUGAUCAGGGAAAAUACUAUAGAUACGUGCUUCAAAUUAUUAGAAAAGGUUUGCAUCCCUUACCUUUUAUUAAUAGUAAUAUUAUUUAUGGUACAUUAAUUAAGAUCCUAUUUAGUAUGAAAAAUUACUAGCACUGGUUUUGUAACCACUAUGUAUAGUCAACUUACCUUUUUCAAUUCUCUAAGUUUUCCCUUUAUGUGGGCACUCUGAUUUUAUUACAAUACUCAGCCAAUCAGCUUUUACAUUUGUAGUUGAUUAAUGAUAAUGAACAUCUUUUGAGCAGUCUGUUUUUUUUUAAAUACUAUAUUGGAAGUGAAUUUUACAUAUGUACCCAUAAAAUUACUGCAAAAUUUGCAUUCAUGAAUGAAACUUUCAUAGCAUUCAUUUAAAAUUGUAGUACAACUUCAAAACAGAAACAUAAUUCAAGUUUACUAAUACAUAGAAUAGUGUAGUUGGAAAAUUGAUGUCAACUAUAAGUACAUAUCUUCACACUUCCAUUUUUCCUGUAGUGAUGUUAGGAAUAAUGUUAGAAUAUUUCCAAUUAUUAAAUACGUAAUUCACUUUUUGUUAUUAAAUUUAUACUCUGUGGUUGUUAUACUUUUUAUUUUAUAUUUUAAAAGGUGAUUGUUUUGGUGUUGAAUAUUUCUAUAUUUGUAAAUAAACUUUUAAAAUAAAAAAACUGUCUAUUUACAAACC